ACUCAAGCGCAUGUCUCUCUUGGACCCCCUCUUCAUUUCCUUUACGUGGGGUACGGGUGGUAGCACGGUGGAUAAGACAUUGGAAAUGUGCGUCACUGCUCACGGGCUUUACGGGCUUGAAACCUGCAUGCACCUAACUUGCACGAACAUCGCCAGUGAGCUAUUAGAAAAUGCGUUGACGGAAGCCAAGGAUGCUGGUAUACAAAACAUACUGGCGUUGCGCGGUGAUUUACCACGCGGCCAGGAAUACUGGACACCUUCCGAUAAUCAAUUUAUGUACGCGAUCGAUUUGAUAAAACACAUUCGAAAAAAGUUUGGGGAGUGGUUUUGCAUUGGCGUUGCGGGUUAUCCCGAGGGACACCCUGAUUGCAGUGACCGGGAACUAAAUUUAAAAUAUCUCAAGGAAAAAGUGGACGCGGGAGCGAAUUUCAUCAUUUCGCAAUUAUUCUAUGACGUCGACUCGUUCGUAGAAUGGGAGAAGGAAUGUCGUGAAAUUGGCAUAACCGUGCCUAUCCUUCCGGGCAUCAUGCCAAUCCAGGGUUAUAAUAGUUUCCGUAGAAUCACAAAUCUUUGCAAGAUAAGCAUACCCGCUGAUGUGAUAAAUAGUUUGGAGCCCAUCAAGCAUGACGAUCAAGCUGUCAAGGAAUACGGCGUCUCGCUCGCUACCUCUAUCAUAUCUAAACUUCAAAAAGAUCAUAACGUAAUAGGGUUCCACCUGUGUACAUUGAAUCUAGAGAAAUCGGUUCGACUAAUAUUGGAUAAGUUGAAAUUCGUGAGGACCGAAGAGGAGAGAGAUCCGAGACCAGUGGGCAUGCGUAGAUCCGUUGCUAACGACAUUAUCAGGCAGGAACCAGAUGGAUCACUUCCUGCAGCAAAACCUGUCAUAUGGAAAGAUCAGGGCGCAGAUUAUCUAGGAAGAUCGGAAGACUGGGACAACUUUCCUAACGGACGUUGGGGUGAUUCCAGGUCACCCGCAUUCGGCGACAUAGACAGUCAUGGAGGAUCCUUGAAAAUUCCGCCGGAUCUGGCUCUCGAAUAUUGGAAAGAGCCAAAGAGCUUGACUGAUGUGAUUCAAAUUUUCAAAUCCUACAUUCUUUGUGAAAUCCCCGUGUUACCGUGGUCCGAAGAGCCGUUGCUGAAGGAGACCGAUAUAAUUCGAUCAAAGCUCAUCAAAAUAAAUGAGCUCGGUUACCUGACCGUGAGCUCGCAACCGGCCGUCAAUGGAGCGAAAAGCACCGACCCUGAUUUUGGCUGGGGUCCCAAAGGUGGUUUUGUGUAUCAGAAACCCUUGGUAGAAUUCUUCGUGAGCCCAGAGGGAUUUGAGAAAUUGUCCCGGAGAAUCGACAAGAAUUGCUGGGUUACUUACUAUGCGGCAAGGAGAAACAAUGAUGAAUUUUCUACUAAUGUUAAAGAGGAAACACCGUCUGCAGUGACCUGGGGUGUUUUUCCAGGCAAAGAAAUCAUUCAACCGACGAUAAUCGAGAAAGCAUCAUUCGACGCUUGGAAGACCGAGGCUUUUGCGUUGUGGGCAGAUUGGGAACAUCUAUACCCCAAAGGUUCGCCUUCACAAAAAUUACUAAAGGACAUCGGGGAUAAUUGGUGGUUGGUUAAUCUGGUGUAUCACGAUUAUGUGAGUUCAGAAGGAUUUUGGGAAUUGUUUGUCGACAACGAAACAACAGAUUCGUAA